CUAACAUCAUUUAACAGUUUGGUUCUAAGAACUUGUUUUGGGACAUUCUGCACAAGGCCAGACGGAUGAAAAGAGAAGGGACAAAAAACUGGCUUGUUCGGGGACAGAGAGGGGGAAGGACAGAGAGGAGGGGGAGGGGAGAGAGAACGCAAGGCAAGAAAGGUAGAAGAAGGGGGACAAGGAGGGAGGAAGACCAUGUAAAUGAAGUGACAAGGCAAGGAAAGGCGAGGGAAUGCAAAUGGGUAAGUGGAUGAAAACGGGGGAGGAGUAGAACUACGGGUACAUAAGAAGCAGGGGGGGCGGACUUUUCUCUCACAUCUCAGGAAAGUUUGUGUUAUUUUUGUGUCCUCUGCCCAGUGUGUGAGAAGCUAACAGCAACAUGGUCAGUCGUGUGGAGCAUCCUGCUGCCGGCUACAAGAAGAUCUUUGAGACAGUGGAGGAGCUGAGUGAACCGAUACCUGCCAAGAUCAUUGGUGUGAUACCAUCAUGGCUGAGCGGCAGCCUUCUCAGGGUGGGCCCUGGACUUUUUGAGAUCGGGGGACAACCUUUGCGACACCUGUUCGAUGGACAGGCUCUGAUGCACAAGUUUGACCUGAAAAGGGGUCAGGUGACCUACUACAGGAGGUUUAUCAAGUCAGAUGCAUAUGUCCGUGCCAUGACUGAGAACCGUGUGGUCAUGACUGAGUUUGGCACAGCAGCCUAUCCAGAUCCCUGCAAGAACAUCUUCUCCAGAUUUUUUACUUAUUUCAAAAGCAUUGAAGUGACUGACAACUGCCUGGUGAAUGUCUACCCGGUUGGCGAGGACUUCUACGCUGUCACUGAAACCAACUACAUCACUAAAGUUGAUCCUGAUUCUCUAGAGACGUUGAAGAAGGUGGACCUGUGUAAGUACGUGUCUGUGAACGGGGUGACGGCUCACCCCCACACUGACUCAGAUGGCGCUGUUUAUAACAUCGGUAACUGUUUUGGCAAGAACUUGAGUCUGGCCUACAACAUCAUCAAGAUCCCAGCUGCUAUGAAAGACAAAUCAGAUCCUAUAGAGAAAUCAGAGGUCAUUGUUCAGCUGCCCAGCAGUGAGAGGUUAAAACCCUCCUAUGUUCACAGCUUCGGGAUGACGGACAACUACUUUGUCGUCGUGGAGCAGCCGGUGAAAAUUAACCUGCUCAAGUUCCUGUCGGCCUGGGGCGUCAGAGGAACCACAUACAUGGACUGUUUCGAAAGCAAUGAACGAAUGGGGACGUGGUUCCAUUUGGCCCAACGAGACCCUGCUUCCUAUUUGAGCAACUACAAAUUCAGAAGCUCAGCCUUUAACCUCUUCCACCACAUUAACGCCUACGAAGAAGAUGGAUUCAUGGUGGUGGACCUCUGCACGUGGAAAGGCCACGACUUUGUGUACAACUACCUGUACAUGGCCAAUGUGAAGGAGGAGUGGGAGGAGGUGAAGAAAGCAGCCAUGAGAGCUCCGCAGCCUGAGGUCAGGAGAUACGUACUGCCUCUGGACUUACACAAGGAGGAACAAGGGAAGAACCUGGUUUCUCUGCCCUACACCACAGCAACUGCUGUUCUUCACAGUGAUGGAACCGUGUGGCUGGAACCCGAAGUCCUCUUCUCUGGUCCAAGACAGGCCUUCGAGUUUCCACAGAUUAACUAUUCUCGGUGUCGUGGGAAGAAAUAUACCUUUGCUUAUGGCCUGGGGCUCAACCACUUCAUCCCUGACAGGAUUGUGAAGCUGAACGUUCAGACCAAAGAGACGUGGGUGUGGCAGGAGGAGGAGUGUUACCCAUCAGAGCCGGUCUUCGUACCCACGCCUGGAGCCAUACAGGAGGAUGAUGGAGUUUUGCUGAGUAUCGUAGUGAAACCAGGAGCAAGGAAACAAAGUUUCCUGCUGGUUCUAGAUGCCAGGAGACUGAGGGAGUUGGCCAGGGCAGAGGUCGACACCAUCAUCCCCAUGACUUUGCAUGGGGUCUACAAACCAUGAUCCAAAAAUGGUAAAAAAAUAUUUUGAUUGACGCGUUCCAUGACUCCAAACUGCAGGCUCCUGUCCCCCAAAGCUGCCACGAGAAUAAAACAAAUAGUUUUAAUAAGCAUGGCUUCGUAAAGAGAUAGUGUAAUGUACAACGAUCGGACCACGAUAACACCAAACAAUCAUCCACAGUUUUGUCCCAUUUAUUUUAAUGACCGUGGGAAUGUGGUCCUGUGUCAGUCAGGGAUCCCACGUUUUCACCGUGCCUCAGUGGUGGUGCGUUCCAUUUGACUUGUAGGUCGUUGAAGUAAGAGUUAAUUAGAAUCAGUGUUAUUUACUUCGCCUGUCUACGGCUCAUCAGUGUACGUCACAGACAACAACCAACAACCAUCUCAUUAUAAUAAUAAUAACAAUAACAAUGCAAUGCUUACUGCUGCCAUUUCACUAUGUUUAUUCUGUGUAUUUUAUCUCCAUGCAUGUGUAUUGAUGUCACAGUGGCAGCUUAUGGUUACUGCGCUAUUAACUGCAAAUUUGUAUAUUAUCUUUGUAAAGCAUCACUGUAAAGCAAACACUAGGACUACGUAUAUUAUUAUAUACAUUUUGGCAACAGACAUUUAGGGCCUUUGUGACACAUUAAGUUUAGUAUUUUAUCUUUUUUUUUAUUUGUGACUGUCAUAUAUUUUCAUAUUCCCAACCAGAAACAAUAUUUA